GUGUGUACUCGCGCUCCUCGCGACGACUGCCGAGAAUACGAUCGAGUUUCAAAACAACGACACCGCUUCGACAUUACGUUCUCUUCAUACUUUUCUUAAAUUCAUUAUAAAACAAAUGCGUCUCUUUUGUGAUAUAUUUGUACUAUCCUAAAUUUAAAUUUAAGAGUAUAUUUUAAUUAGCGUAAAAAACCAAACGCGUCCGUCGUGCGUACAAUGUGUAUUCAAACGAAUUAGCAUGGAACGGUGGAUCCCAUGAAACUGCAGCCAUGAUAUUCAAAAUGGGGUUAAAGCCUCCGGGCAAGAGCCCUCCGAAAAAAGAGACUAAAGAGAAGAAAGAAGAGGAGAAAUGUGAGGAAAGAUGCCCCGAUCCAUGGAUGUACUGUGUCGUGUUGUGGUGUGCGUGUGCCAUGAGUCUGAUAUCGAGUGGAUAUAGUCUAUACAAGCAGCAGGGGCUGCAGGACAGGUUGUCGUUACUGGAAGAGCAGCAUUUGGCAUUGAGAAGUGCAGUUUUGGAGCCGCAGCAACCCUUAGUCGAGAGACUUAGAAGGGAAGUUCUCUCCAGACCACCCGGUUUUUGGAGGGCAAAAAGAAGUAUUCGUGACUAUGGUGACUGCGUUUGCCCGCCAGGUCCUCCGGGCCCUCCCGGCAAGCGCGGUAAGAAAGGCAAGAAAGGAGAUUCGGGCGAACCAGGACCUCCGGGUUUGAUGGGAGCUCCUGGGAAGAAUGGAUUCCCGGGAAGCAAGGGCGAGAAAGGCGAACGCGGUUUUAUGGGUCCUAUUGGUCUGGACGGUCCUAAAGGAGAUCCUGGUCGACCCGGUGACAAGGGGCAGAAGGGAGAACACGGCAACCCCGGGUUUGACGUCUUCGCUGCUGUCAAGGGCGUCAAACGGUCGGUGGACAACUUUAAGAUGCACCCUUACACCACCGCGGAGAUCAUAGCCGUGAAGGGAGAGCCUGGAGAACCAGGUCCUCCAGGGUCACCGGGCCCCCCUGGGAAUGAAGGGAUAGCCGGUGCAGAGGGAAGAGUGGGGCCUCCUGGUACACCAGGUCCAGCUGGAGCCGUAGGACCACCCGGCCCUAUAGGGCCUAUAGGCCCCGUUGGACCACCGGGCCCUAUUGGACACAAGGGCGACAAAGGCGACAAGGGCGAGAGAGGUUUCACGACGACGCUGAAGGGCGACGCGUUCCCGACCGGCAUCAUCGAGGGACCGCCCGGACCGCCCGGCCCGCCCGGUACAUCAGGAAAGGAGGGCGCGGCGGGUCCGCGGGGCCCACCCGGCCUAGACGGCCGACCUGGCGACCCAGGCGUACCCGGCCCACCCGGGAAACCGGGCGAGAUGGGACCCAAGGGCGAGAAGGGUGACUACGGAGACAUGGGCUCCCCGGGCAUGCUGGGCGCGCCCGGCCUGCCCGGCCCGCCGGGGUACCCCGGUCUCAAGGGCGAGAAGGGCGACAAGGGGGACUCUCAGAAGUACCGGAAACUGAGACGCAGGCAGAACUUGCAGGGAGAUGGUACCGGAUACGAGCUCUAUGGACAUGAGAUCAUGAUGGGUCCGCCGGGUGCGCCGGGGCCGACGGGGCCACCCGGCGUGGCCGGUCCGCCCGGCAUCAAGGGAGACAAGGGCGAGCCCGGUACGCGCGGCAAAACGGGUGAAAGAGGAGAGAAGGGUGACCCCGGCCCAAUGGGUCUACCGGGCCCAGUAGGCCUGCCGGGAGAGGCGGGCGAGCCUGGCCGACUAGGCGACGUCGGACCUAGAGGGCCGCCCGGACUCGACGGCAUGAAAGGCGCACAGGGCGAGCCGGGCAGCAAGGGCGAGCGCGGUGACCCCGGACUACCCGGAACCGACGGGAUUCCCGGCCAGGAGGGACCUAAGGGAGACAAAGGAUACAAGGGAGAGCCGGGUCCGGCCGGAAAGCGCGGACGCAAGGGCGACAAAGGCGACCGCGGCGAGCAAGGCGUGCCCGGCCUCGACGCGCCCUGCCCGCUUGGACCCGACGGCCUCCCGCUGCCCGGCUGCGGCUGGCGACCCUCUAAGGAGGCGGCUCGCGAGGAUCGGCCGGGCGGCGCACGAUCCGACGAGGAGGGCGAGACGGAGGCGGAGGGCGAAGGCGAGGCGGACGAGGCGGGCGAGUACGACGCGCGCGACGACGAGCUCGACGCGCCUCGCGACUACGACGACUACACCGACAACGCACACCACGAGCCGCAUCGCGACUAGCGCGGCGACUAGCGCAGGCCAUGCUGGCGUGGCUGCGGCGGCGCCUGGAGCUCGACGCGGUGGACAACGACCUGCGGCCCGACGCACGCCCCCCCGCGCCCCUGCG